GGAUACGAGGGUAAAAUGUCCGACUUGAAGAAGAGGCAGAAUAAAUGUGUUGGCCGACAACAGGAAGGGAAAUCAGGUCAGCAGCGCAUCGAGGUGAAAGCGACUUGGGCUGCGCCAGGCGCUCUGCGGUUGGCCGCCUACCUUUUAAAAAGAAAGAGCUCCAGCAUUUGGCGAUUUGGAAGCGAGCUAAGUGCGUCAGUCGUCUCCAAACUCGUCUGCCGGUCGCACACACGCCACUGGAUUUCGUUCGUCAAUUCAACUUUUUUUCAACAGCAAUCAGACAGCAAACCCGCAAUCAUGAGAGGUUUCGGACUGUUGGCUAUCAUCUCCUGCGUUUGGAUUCUCUUGGUCCUUCUCCUGUCAGUCGAGGCUGUACCGUUAGCUGGCAAAACAGGUGAAGAUUCCGGCAUGCCUACAGAGCCUGAGAAGAUGGUUAACAAAACUACUUCCGUCUACGAUUAUGUCACUCCCGAGGUUAUGUCGACUGUAGUCGGAGCUGCCUUGGGCGACCAAGACUGUCUCCGCUAUUCGGCCUGCAAAGCCGGAAACUACGUAGCCGAUGUUACCGGCAAGGAGAUUGUUUUGAUGGUUCUGGACCGUUGGGUUCCCAAUAGCUGGCAAGGUACUUUGCGCGCCUUUAAGGAGGCAGCCACCUACAAGGAUGACUGCAAGAAACAAUUCCCCUGUUCCAACCCCCAGCAGGAAUAGAGACACAGCGGGACGCGAGUCGUUUCCAGAAAUUACAAUUUUUUUUAACCCUAAUUUAAUGACCAUAAUUUUAUUAUUAACGGAUGCCUUGUUUUAUUUGUCGGAAGGUCGUUGAUCGACCAUUUCCAUCAACAGAAAAAUAAAAAGCUGUAUUUUGUUCCCUUA